GAGUGGCGGCCAUCUUGGCCGGUGUUUUUCCGUGUGCUGUGCAUGCUGCUGACGCCGCCGUCGCUUCGGGAGAAGAGCGAGCGUUACCGCGGCGGACAGGGUGGAAGGAGGAAGCCGACCUACACCCUUCCCACCAGCCGGCACCAUCCUCCGCCCCUACCGUUUUGGGUCCAGUUUGAGUAACUUUGCCUAAUAAGGAGUUUAGAGCACCUUCACCGAAAAAGAUGGCAGACAAGCUAACAAGAAUAGCCAUUGUUAAUCAUGACAAAUGUAAGCCAAAGAAAUGCCGCCAAGAGUGCAAAAAGAGUUGCCCUGUUGUCAGAAUGGGAAAACUGUGCAUUGAAGUCACUCCCCAGAGUAAGAUAGUAUGGAUUUCCGAAACUCUCUGUAUUGGGUGCGGUAUCUGUAUCAAGAAAUGUCCUUUUGGAGCCUUGUCUAUUGUCAACCUGCCAAGCAACCUGGAGAAAGAGACCACUCACCGAUAUUGUGCAAAUGCCUUUAAGCUUCACAGGUUGCCUACUCCUCGACCUGGUGAGGUGCUUGGAUUGGUUGGCACCAAUGGUAUUGGAAAGUCAACCGCAUUGAAAAUUCUGGCUGGAAAACAAAAACCUAACCUUGGGAAGUAUGAUGAUCCCCCUGAUUGGCAGGAAAUCCUGACUUACUUUAGAGGGUCAGAGUUGCAGAAUUACUUCACCAAGAUUCUGGAGGAUGACUUGAAGGCCAUCAUUAAGCCCCAAUAUGUGGACCAAAUUCCAAAAGCUGCAAAGGGCCCAGUUGGGACCAUCUUGGAUCGAAAGGAUGAAACAAGGACCCAGACUAUUGUUUGUCAACAGCUUGAUCUGACUCACCUAAGAGAUCGAAAUGUGGAGGACCUUUCCGGAGGAGAGCUUCAGCGAUUUGCUUGUGCUGUUGUUUGUAUCCAAAAAGCAGACAUCUUCAUGUUUGAUGAACCAUCUAGUUACUUAGAUGUAAAGCAACGUCUUAAGGCUGCCAUUACCAUCCGAUCGCUGAUUGACCCUGACCGUUACAUCAUUGUUGUAGAGCAUGAUCUGAGCGUCCUAGAUUACCUUUCGGAUUUCAUUUGCUGCUUGUACGGUGUUCCAAGUGCUUAUGGUGUGGUCACCAUGCCUUUCAGUGUACGAGAAGGCAUCAACAUCUUCUUGGAUGGCUAUGUUCCCACUGAAAAUUUAAGAUUCAGAGACUCCUCCUUGGUGUUUAAGGUGGCUGAAACGGCCACGGAAGAGGAAGUUAAAAAGAUGUGCAUGUAUAAGUAUCCAUCUAUGAGGAAGCGGUUGGGGGAGUUCCAGCUGCGCAUUGUUGCUGGCGAGUUCACAGACUCUGAAAUCAUGGUCAUGUUGGGAGAGAAUGGAACUGGUAAAACUACCUUUAUCCGAAUGUUGGCUGGAAGGCUGAAGCCAGAUGAAGGAGGCGAUGUUCCUGUUCUUAAUGUGAGCUACAAACCACAGAAAAUCAGUCCAAAAUCAACAGGAUCCGUUCGUCAGCUGCUGCAUGAAAAGAUCAGAGAUGCCUACACACAUCCACAGUUUGUCACAGAUGUGAUGAAACCAAUGCAGAUUGAAAAUAUUAUUGAUCAAGAGGUGCAGACAUUGUCUGGAGGGGAGUUGCAGCGUGUGGCUUUGGCUCUGUGUCUGGGUAAACCGGCUGAUGUGUACCUUAUUGAUGAGCCAUCUGCAUAUCUGGAUUCUGAACAGCGUCUCAUGGCUGCCAGAGUCGUCAAGCGAUUCAUUCUUCACGCUAAGAAGACUGCUUUUAUUGUGGAGCACGAUUUUAUUAUGGCCACCUACCUUGCUGACCGUGUAAUCGUCUUUGAUGGUAACCCUUCUAGGGAUACAGUUGCAAACAGCCCUCAAACACUUCUAGCUGGUAUGAACAAGUUUUUGUCUCAGCUGGAGAUCACAUUUAGGAGAGACCCCAACAACUACAGACCAAGAAUAAACAAACAUAAUUCUAUCAAGGAUGUGGAUCAGAAGAAGAGUGGAAACUAUUUUUUCUUGGAUGAUUAAAGCUAAUCCUGAAGGUUUUUUUCAGCUUCCUUCAAACAAAAGAAAUAAAACCUGUGAAGCCUGACUGGUUUCCUACAGCAUACCCAACGUGCUGUAGUGAGAUAAAACAUAAUUGCACAAUGUUACCACCCUGCCUGUAAAGAAAAGGAUAUUGGUUUUCAUUCCUCCCUUCUGCACCAACGCAAAACUAAGUUCUGAUUGUUAUGGUUUCAUAACAUGGUAUCUAAUUUAUUCAUCAUGGAUUUUCCUCCCCCUAAUAUUUGUCUAAAAUAUGGUUUUUAAAAUGCUGCCAUUAAGAGUGCAAUGUUAUUUUAAAGAGUCUAAACCUUUUAUAGGUUUUGAAAAUUAAACAUCCACCUAAAACUAGCCUGAUGCUUUUUUGCACAUUAUACACUUGCUUAUUUUUAUAUAAGGAACAGGUUUUCUAAUGAGCAGUCCCAGCAAACUUGCACACAAAAAAAACUUUACCCUUGUUGUCUUAAGUAACCUGAAAACCCAAUCAUUGUCUGCUAACUACCAACUGCCUGGUGGUUCUAAUUUAUGUGCUAGCUGAACCCUGCAAAUAAAUAGGUUGGGUCAGUUGCUUCAUUAUAAACUGAUAUUUAAUGCAGUUUAUAAGCUGAAACUUCACAAUUAAACAUCAGGUGCUAUGGACCAAACAUGAGUUAAUAUAAGCCAAGAUAAUGCUGACAUUAUGCUCAUCCAAUCAGGUUCUGCCAUUUUCAGUCUGUAACACUUUACAGAAGUAUCUGCUGAUUAGUUGUGUUUUGGUUAUGUUGAAUUCUCAGUACGGGAGGGUAGGCUACUUUUGUCAUAUGGUGCAUUGUUAGUGAAGCCCCACCCUUAAUAAACAAUGAUCUUUAUGUAA